AUGCCAACUGGUUCAGUAGAUUACGGGACACUCAAGCAAGGGCGCGAAUUGAUACGCGCAUCAGGCGUCUAG